GAGAGGAGUGAUGGCAUGAGGGUGAACAUCAUGCAGACUGGACGAUAUCUGCACCACUCCAUCAGCGAGGAACUCGGGCCCCACCUCCACACCUUCCAUAAACCCCACAGGUAUAACCUAGGAAGCAGUCAAAAAUGCGAGGACGAUCACAGUGCCUGUACAGACCUGAUAACGUCCUUCACGCGAGACCACGCCCGCCUUCCCGUUACUCACCUCACCGCCAUGUCCUUCCACACCAAGAACAACCCGCUGUUUGAGGAGGAUCUGCCAAUACUCCUCAGUCUGGUCCAUCAAGAUAACAUCACACAGGAUGCAGAUUUCAUGCAGAUGUUGAUGGAAGUGGGUACCAGUCUGUAUCAGGAUGUGGCUGUGAUGACUGUGGAUGUGGAUCUGUACCCAGACUGGGUGUCACGGUUCGUACCGGCAGGGUAUCACAGGAAAGCAGCAGUGGAGUCAGAUGUGCCUCGUCUGUUUCACUACCCACGCGUCUGUUUGGUCCUCCCCCGCGACCACCAUCAUGCAGCCUUCUACCCUCCUGUCGAUGCCGCCGACGAUGUGGUCAGCACCCACACACACUUCACCUACACAACUGAUGGAUUGUUGGGAUUUGCCCGAAACUUCUUGCAAGAUCCGGCAUCCCACCUUAUACAAACAGAACACUUUUAAUGUUGUAACAAUUCAAGGUCAGACAGAAACUGUUAUUUGGUACUACCUUCCACAGAGUGUUGACAGUUCUUCUUGGGGUAGGUAAACAUAUGGUCAUCACACAUGAUAAAUAUAUGUAAAUAUCUGUUACACAAAGAGAAACAACAAAAGAAAAACAGUUAAUAAUCUAGACAUAUUAAUUACUUUAUGAUGCUAUGAUUCAAACACAGAAGGUAAUCUUUAUUACUGCCUUGGCUUUAAGGUCAGCGUUAUCAUGUUAAGGCUAUACCAAUGUCUUUAUGUGUUUUUUGGACUACAAUGUCUUGUUCAGUGUUUUAAGGUAGGAGGUUAAAAGACAUUUGUCAGCUUUGGUUCAAAUUUUGUGCCCUAAAUAUACUGAGUGGAUGUAUAAUUUGUUAUUGAAACAGUGCAUAUUGUCCAUAAGUAUUUUCAUUAUGAAUUUGAUUCAAAUAAUGGUAUGACUUGUCUGUGGAACAAAUAGUUCAGUGAGGCAUGACCUAACAUAAAGAUAAUAAUUUAUUUUACAGUAUUAGGUUAUGCACAAGAUGACAAAAUAUGUAACUGAAUCAAAAUUUGUUAAUGAAACAAGCUUUGUACACAAGUUAUGGCCUAUAGUAUCCUGACUGAUAAGGAAGAUGACAUGUACAGGUGCAGUUUGAUGCUCAGUGGAAUGUCUUGUCUAGACUUGAUUAUUUACAGACUGUGGACAUAUACCUGGAAUUAUGCAGAUUUUUGUGUAAAAGAAUAAAAGAUAUAAAAAGGAGACAGGAAAGCAAACACCUGUAUCACAGGGAGUGUUGUGUCUGCCGAAGAUUGUGUUGUGUCACAGAUGACGUAGAGGAUGUAGUCGUGAAAAUGUACUAGAUAACGGUUAGUUUGGCUCUAGAUGAAGAGCUGUGUUAAUUGGAACUGUGUGCAAUGUGAUAUGUAUGAAUUUAUUUAUUGAAUAUGAAAGUUUGAGGGAAAUCAAAAGUAUUUUUGUAGAUAAUGAUCAAAACAUUUUGCAUUUAUUUUGAAAUAUUUACAUAUAUGAGCAGCAAUCAGUAAGCUAUAGCAAGUUCUUGGAAAUAACGAUGUCAAAUAUUACACUUUCUGUGAUAAGCAGUCAGCUUAAACAAGUCCUUGUGUAAUUCCAGAGCAACUAUUUUGGGACAUAUGCUGUAUCAUAUUUAAAUUGUUACAUACUGAUGAUCAGGGAAGUGAAAUACCUGGACCAUGUUGACAAUGGAGGUCCUUGAUAAAUCAGAUGAGUUUCGAGUUGGUAUUCAUUUUGAAGAUCCGGGGUAGAAUAGGUCUUCAGCAACCCAUGCUUGCUACAAAAGGUGACUAU